GUGAUAUAGUUUCAUACAAGCAUUCAUAAUCAUUAACCACUAGGGCGGGCUGCGGCCACCUGUCGACAACGUAAAUCGGUGCCGAGCCCAAAACCAAGCACGCCACGUCGCUCGAACGUGCUCGCUCUUAUUAGAUCAGGCCAAACUUGCGGGAUGGAACGGGGCACAGGCUCAUGCCCGACGGCUGGCGCAGCGCUCGACGUCGAUGAAUGGGCGGCGGCGUACGCCCAGGCAAAAGCGGCGAUGGACGCCAAGGCGAAGCCUGUGGGCUCCCUAGGCGCGCUGGAGGCGCUGGCCUGCCGCCUGGCGGCGGCGCAGCGCAGCCUCACGCCCCAUGUGGGUCGCGCCGCCCUGCUCGUCUUCGCGGCAGACCACGGCGUCGCCGCGGCGCGGCCCGCCGUCAGUGCCUUCCCCGCCGCCGUCAGCGCCCCCGUGUUCCGUGCUGUGGUCCGCGGCCAGGCCGCUAGCGCCGUGCUGUGCGCCUCCAAUGGCGUGUCGGAGCUGAUCGCCGUGGAUGUGGGUCUCGCGGCGGACGUGACGGACGCGGUGCCACCGACGCCGACGCCGUUGGCGCCAGGGGAAGCUGGAGGAGAGGGCCGGGGGCUGCGGAUCUCGCUGCUGCACCGCAAGGUGCGGCCGGACGGCAGCCGCAACAUGCUGACCGGCCCCGCCAUGAGCCAGGAGGAGCUGGCGGCGGCGAUGGCGGCCGGCGCCGAGGCGGUGCGGGCGGCGGUGCGCGGCGUGAUGCCGCCGGCAGUGGUGGAGGCGGGUCAGGCAGCGGCAGCCGCCGCGGCGGCCCCUGCGGGGGAGGCGGCUGAGCUGCCCGCGGACUGGCGGCAGAGCAUUGUGUGCCUGGGCGAAGUGGGAAUAGGCAACACCACAGCGGCGGCGGCGCUGCUGGCGGCGCUCACUGGCGCCUCGCCUGAGGAGGUGUGUGGGCGUGGCACAGGCGUGGACGACGCAGGGCUGGAGUCGAAGCGGCGCGCGGUGCUCGAGGCCCUGGCGGCCAAUGCGGAGCUGAUCGCGGGCGGCGGCGCGCUGGGGGCGCUGCGGGCCGUGGGCGGGCUGGAGCUGGCGGCCAUGGCGGGGGCGGCACUGGAGGCGGCGGCGCUGGGGGUGCCGGUGGUGGCCGACGGCUUCAUCAGCGGUGCUGCCUGCCUUGCGGCGCUCGCGCACGACCCGCAGCGGGUGGGCCGGGUGCUGCUGCUGUCGCACCGCAGCGCCGAGCGCGGCGCCGCGCUGCUCGUGUCCGCGCUCACCGGCGCCGCCCCGCUGGCGCCGCACCUGCAGCAGCAGCAGCAGCAGCAGCAGCAGCAGCAGCAGCAGCAGCAGCAGCUCCUGCAGCACAAGCAUGCAGUUGAGCAGCAGGCCGGCGGCGGCGGCGCUGGUGGUGGUGGUGGUGAUGGCGGCGGCGCUGGUGGGAUGGAGGUGCUGACGUGGCCGGCGCCGGCGGUGUUGGACAUGGGCAUGCGGCUGGGCGAGGGCACGGGGGCGGUGAUGGUGCUGCCGCUGCUGCGGUCGGCGGCGGCGGUGCUCCGCAACAUGGCCUCACUGCAGGCGGUGCUGGCGGCGUGAUGCAUGGGCGGGGCAUGGGCGAGGGCAUCAUCAUGGCUUGGUGCAUGCGGCGCGGUCAAGGUUGUAAGCGCUUGGUCAGGGUUAGUGCUGUGCUAGGCGGGACUUGUGAACCUGCCGGUGAGUUCCGCUUGGUUGCAAAAAGGGUGACCCCGCCGGACGCGUGCGGGCCUCCAGUCCUACCUGCUGUGUGUAGUGGCAAGGAGUGAACCCAUACGUACGUGUGAAGUGGAUCUUGGUCGGAUUCUGUGAUAAAGAGCACAUGGGAGGAAGCACGCAAGACUGUGUGUAUGCUACGCCAUGUCGGGUGCGCUGCAUUGGUGUGUAUUGCGCGCGGGCGCUGCAGUUGAAUUGGCGUGUACGUGGGGAAAGGUAGAUGGGGGUAUGUGUUGCAUGCGAUGUGUGUGUUCGGCCGACCAACACGUUCCAAACGUGUCAGUGCUCACAGCGGAUACACCGGAUGAUUACUGUGAUGACUUUCAGGUGGGGCAAGUGAUCAGCCAUUCAUGGGUGAAGCUUGUUGAUAGCUAUCUAGGCAGACAAACAGGGACAUUGUAGGGAAGUCGGAAAACGUUUCGUUCGUACACCCCCUGAGCCAAGCUGACGAUGCACCGAAUAUUGAUUUAUGUGUGCUGCGGGCUCGAGAAGCUACGCAUGCACGUGGCGCGGUGGCGGGGCACUGGCGAGGCGGUGUCUCGUGAUACCACCUGAGCCUAUGUGAGCUGACGCGUGUCGCCGUGUGCGUUGCAUAGGGUGCCUCUUGUCUAUCUGCCGUUCCGUUACCAAACUGCAUUCGCAUUGCUUGUUUGCUGCAUGUGAUUAUUGCUUCCAUGGACUAGCGCGGGUGCGGAUGGUAGUGGUGACGG